AUGUCACUGCACAUAGUCACGAAGCUCAACAUCGAAAACCAUGAUAUAAUAUACAAGAUAGUUACACUCUAUUCUACAAAUACAAAUAUAAAUACAAGUCUGGGCCAUGUGAACCCCCCCAGAAACCCCAAAGAAAACCGCCCAAACGCCAGAUCAUCAUCGUCGUCAUCGUCAUCGUCAUCGUCAUCAUCGUCGUCGUCGUCGUCGUCCUCUCCUCCUCAUCCCAGUCCCCACCUCCUCUUCUUCUCCUUCUUCUUCUCCUUCUCCACCCCCUCCACGACGGCAUCGCGCUUCCUGGAAGCACGCAACAACUCCUCCAUGACCACCACGAGGGUGAGCUCCUUGCCCUUCUUCGACGGGCCCUUCUCCAGCUUCUCCAACCAACGCGCCGUGAGCUCCGGGUAGAACAUCUCGACGCCGAAGGCGAAGUGGAUGAUGUGCGCGGGCUCACGCAUGUUGUAGC